AUGAGUCAAAUUUCUGUUUUCUCACCUCCCAUUUAAAUGAGGAUUAUCAAAUUGAAGAGGCCUAAGGAACUUCCUGUAGGAUGCCAAAAAAGGGUAGGGAAGCAUUAUUUUGUGGAGGAACUAGUAUUUUAAGUAUUUUGUAUUUUUGCAAUAUACCAGAAUUAAUAAAGUCAUAAAUACUAAAUUUAAUAUUUUUAUAAAAUGAAUUAGACGAACAAGCCUUAAGGAUGGGUUAGUAAUUAGGACAGUUGUCUUAAUAUGAUCGUUCAUAAAAUGAGAUGGAAUGGUGCAAAAGCGUAAUUCCAUAUGCAUAUGGAUACAUACAGGUAAACAGACGAUUAAUCAUUAGAAAACCUUUUGGGGUGUGA